AAAAAAAAAAAAAUUUUAACUACAAAAUAAAAUGGGGCCGAAAAAAGCAAAAGCGAAAACUUCAGACACUGUAGACGGAGUAGAUACUUCAAAAAUGUCAAGGGAACAAUUGGAGUUGUACAGUCACAAAAUUUUGGAAGAAAUGGAGCGCGAGCGGGAAGAAAGAAAUUUUUUUCAGCUAGAGCGUGAUAAAUUGAGGACUUUUUGGGAGAUUACCAGGAACCAAUUGGACGAGGCGAGAGCUACUAUUAGGAACAAGGAACGAGAAAAGGAAGAAUUGGCGGAGAAACAUGAUGAAGAAAUAAAAUUGUACAAGCAGAAGGUUAAGCACUUGAUGUAUGAGCACCAUACUAAUUUGUCCGAAACGAAAGCUGAGCAUAUGGUGGCCCUGAAGCUUGCUCAAGAUGAUCAUAAUGAUCAGGAAAAUGAGCUGAUAAAGGAUAAGAAAGAGCUGAGGAAAAUUCAAAAGGAAAAUGAACUCGCGCAUAUUAAUGAAAUUCGAUUGCUAAAAUUGAAAAAUGCUGAAGAAAUGAGUGAUAUGAUUAAAAAAUUUGAGUCCGAGGCCAUGGAAAUGGAGCAGAAAUACGAGCAAAAAUUAACUAGUCAAUACGAAUCGUUGAAUUUGAAACACAGAAUGGAAAUUUCCGAGAUUGAAGAAAGGAAAAAUAUGCAGAUCGCUAACUUGAUAAAAAAUCACGAAAAAGCUUUUCUUGACAUGAAGAACUAUUACAAUGAUAUUACGAUAAACAAUUUGUCGCUUAUACAAAGUCUCAAGGAACAAAUGGAAGUAAUGAAAAGCAGUGAAGAAAGAACGAAGAAACAAGCCCGAGAGUCGAUAACUGAAAACAAGAAGCUGACAACUGACUUGAAGUCAUCGACGGAACAAGUUGGUGAAUUGACCCGGCAGUUAACCAAUUAUGAAAAGGACAAGCUUUGUCUUUCAAAUACAAAGAAAAAAUUGGCGGCCGUUUCGAAAGACUACGACAAUUUAAAAUGGGAGAACGAAGUUCUUGAAAUGAGGUUCGAAAAGUGCCAAAAGGAACGAGACGAACUGCACUCGAGAUUCGUAUCCUCCAUUUUGGAACUGCAGCAAAAAACUGGACUGAAGAACGUUUUGCUGGAGAAGAAAUUGGAUAAGCUUUCUGAAAUCUUGGAACAAAGAGAAGCGCAGAUUGGAGAAGUUUUAGCGGCUGCACAGUUGGAUCCUGCUACAACAGGGCAAAUUAAUCAGAAAUUUGAGGAUAUUUUGAACCGGAAAAACACGGCAAUACAAGAUUUACAAUACGAUCUAGCCAAAGCUUGCAAAGCGCACGACGAUCUUCUUAUGAACUACGAAAACAAACUUCAGGAGUACGGAAUUGCGGAUUCGCCUUUAGGACAACCUCUAAGGUCGAUAAGGAAGAAAAGGAACAAUCGAACGGAUAAAAUUCUUUCAAACUUAUAGUUUAAUUUAUUUUUUUUGUUUAUAUAUUUAUAUUUGUAUGACAAAUGAGUUACAGUUUAUUGAAAAGGCAAAAUAAUUAAAUUUUUAAAAAAUAAU